CGUCGUCUCCUGUCCUUGACCUCUGUCCCACGUGACGGUGUCGUCGUCCGGUUAGCUUGUAGCUGCGUCCGUGUUCUGGAUCCACUGGAAUCAAGUCAGGUUCGGUUCGGAGAAGAUGUCCGGUACUGGGACGUUUGCUCUGUCUUUACUGCGGCGGUGCGUCGCGGUGUCACGGCUGCCGGUGCGUGUUGCGUCCGUCAGGUGGAGCUUCGUUCAGCACCGAACAUGGACCUCACAGACCCGGUACCCCCAGCCCGCCAUCACAUGCACCCAGCACCGGUUCUGCACCAAGGCAGAACCACCGUAUGAAGAGGAGUACCCUCCUCUGCCGGCCUACCAGCCUCAGUCAGAACCAGAGGCCCAGGAGGUGUACAUCAUUCAGGUUAAAGGUCUCUCCUGGUCCUGCACGGAGAUGGACCUCCUGAACUUCUUCUCAGACUGCAAGAUCCAUGACGGGGAGAUGGGAGUCCACCUGGUGCCGGACCAGCUGGGGAGGCCGUCGGGUCAAGCCUUCAUCAAGCUGGAGCACGAGGAGGACGUGGUCAAAGCUCUGGGGAAGCACCGGCAGUACCUCGGCUCACGCUACGUUGAAGUGUACGAAGUGACGAACAGUGAAGCUGAAACCAUCCUGCUGAAAGCAGCUGACACUGGAGGACACGACGGCGUGGUUCUGCUCAGAGGACUACCCUUCUCCUGCAGAGAGGACGACAUCCAGCACUUCUUUUCAGGUCUGGAUAUCAAGGAGAACGGGAUCACCUUCGUCACCAACUCCAGAGGGAGGAACUCUGGAGAGGCCUAUGUUCAGUUUUCCUCCCAGGAAGAAGCAGAGAAGGCUCUGCAGAAACACCGGGAGUUCAUCGGAACCAGGUACAUCGAGGUGUUUCCCAGCAGCAGAGACUCGAUCCGGUCCACUAGCAGAGAGAAAGAGUGGAGUUCAGCUCCUCAGCAGAUGUACAGGAGAGAAGGUUCUGACUUUCAGCCCAACUCCAAACGUGCGCCGGUUUUCCCACAGAGCUCAAACGCCUCGAAUCACUUCGUCCACAUGAGAGGACUUCCCUUCCGGGUGUCCGUGGAAGAGAUCGUGAUGUUCUUCGCUCCGCUAGUCGUGUCUAAAGUCGUGACUGAAUGUGGUCCCAACGGGAGGCCGAAAGGAGAGGCAGACGUUUACUUCAGCAACCACAGAGACGCCAUCAAAGCCAUGUCCCGGGACCGGAUGUACAUAGGGAACAGAUACGUCGAGUUGUUCCUGAACUCUGAGGAGACGUUGGACUGAAGCUGGAAACGUCUCGUCAGGUGGACAGGACUCGGAUCCAGAGAUCAGAGAUCAGCAUCUUCUUCCAUGAAUAAACAGAAUGCUCAGCAGUU